UGCAGUCAAGCGUGUCAAAGAUGGCAGCCUCCAGUGGGAGAGUGUUGAAGUCAUUUGUGCAGGGAUGUUGCGGCUGCUACUCCGUGAUACUGCCGUCAGUAGCAAGAAAUGUCAUUCUUCAAAAAACGGCAGUUACGGUGUUAGCAAGGCUAGUAUGUACCAGCUCAAUGCUUCAACGAAAGAACAUAGCAGCAGCAGGUCCUGAGAAGUACACACAAGAAUUCAUCAAGAAGCAGAUUGAAGAGUUUAAUAUUGGAAAGAGACACCUGGCUAACAUGAUGGGUGAAGACCCAGAAACGUUUACUCAAGAGGGUAUUGAUAGGGCGAUUGCCUACCUUUUCCCUUCUGGAUUGUUUGAGAAGAGAGCCAGACCUGUCAUGAAGCACCCAGAUGAGAUUUUUCCUAAGCAGAGAGCUGUCCAAUGGGGAGAAGAUGGUCGACCCUUUCAUUUCCUUUUCUAUACGGGCAAACAGUCCUACUACUCGCUAAUGCACGACACAUUUGGAAAGUUCCUGGACAUUCAGAAAUAUCAAGACCAUAUGCGAGCAGAGGGUCUUUUUUCACAAGAUACUAAACAAGUGAACCUGAUUGGCAGCAGAUGGAUGAUUAAGGAAGAGCUGGAAGAGAUAUUGGUGCAGCCAAUUUCAGACCAUGAUUAUGUGCGCUUCAUCCAGCUGCUGGAGCGAAUCCUGGCUCUUCCCUACUGCAGUAGAGAAGAGGAGUACAUUCAGAGGUUCCGUCGGACCCUGGAAGUACAGUCAAAGAAACAGAAGAUCGAGCCACUGCAAUAUGAUGAAAACAAAGUGGCCUUCAGCACCGGAGAAGGUAGAAGGAAGACUGCUACAGCAACAGCAACAGUCCGAGACAACGGAUCUGGAAAAAUAACUGUAAAUGGUGUGGACUAUUUGCACUACUUUCCUGUGCUGCAAGAUCGAGAGCAGUUAAUGUUCCCGUUCCAGUUUCUGGACAGACUGGGGAAGCAUGACAUGGAAUGUAAAGUAACUGGAGGCGGCAGGUCAGCACAGGCCGGUGCGAUCCGAUUGGCCACUGCUAGAGCUCUGCUCAGUUUCGUCACAGAGAAUGAAGUGGAGUCUAUGAGGCAGGCUGGUUUGCUGACCCCUGACCCCCGUGUGAAGGAGCGGCAGAAGCCUGGACAGGAAGGAGCCCGGAGGAAGUUCACUUGGAAUAAACGAUAAAGUGCCGUCUCCUUCGGAGAAGAGACAGCAUCAAAGAUUUACAGCCAUAACAUGCUUUCCUGUAAACAAGUCUGUACUUUCCAUAGAGUGUAUUGAUGGUGAUGAUAAUAAAAAUAAUAUUUUUUAAAAUUCAAUAAAGUAUGAUGUAACUUGACAUUUAUUUGCAUACCACCAUGGCAGUUCUAGAUUUCAUGGAAGAUUAAAGGAUUUCCUUCCUUAUUUGCUUGUACUCUAACAUUCUUUAAAGCCAUGUUAAAUGUUUUUUUCAAAUGUCUUGACGCCUUCAUGUUUUUUUUUUGUUUUGUUUUGUUUUUGACAACUCAAACUUACCGUGUCCAUUCUCGAUACACAUUUAUGGGUCCUUGGUGGCCACCCUACAAGCGUGUGUUCAAAACCUGCUUGUGAAAAAUGAACAAUCUUGGCUGGGGAUCUAGAUUUUUCACAUUCUGUUAAUGUAAUGAUUUUGAAAAUAAAACUAUGCAGUC